AUGACUGAGGAGGAGAUGAUGAACGAGAGUAAAAUGACUUAUGGUUCGAAAAACAACAAGUCGUCUGUUCAUGACAGACAAGUUGAGAAACAGAAGUCUACUCCAUUGAAUUUUGUUCCCAAAGGCACAAUUGAUCCUAAUGUUUCGUCUUCAUGUGCAGAUGAUAGCUUUGAAGUAAAGUGUGGUGAUGUUCAUGGGAUGGAUGUCCCUAAUGUUGAAUCUAGUGGGACCACAUUGGAAACCGUGACUGAAAGCAGACCUCAAGUAGAUUCACAUGAUACAUGUGUUGACGAAACAUGUGUUGAUGAAACUUCAUCUUCUGAAAUUAAAACUGAACCUGAUUUUGUAAAAGAAGAAAAAGGAGUUGAAAUAAAUGAAAAGUCACAAGAAAAUGUUUCUGAUAAGGGAAUUAAAACAGAAACUGAAUCGUCUUUUCAAAAUGAUCCUGAUAAAAUUAUAAAAGACGAAAAACAUCAUCUAUCUGAAUCUCAUGCCUCUGCUAGUUCUGAUCAACAGGUACAGAAAGAAUCAGAAAAGGCACAUGGGACACAAGCAAAGCAACCUAAGCAAGCUCAGUUAUCUAGACCCAUCAAAUCAGCAACUGUUGCUAGCACUCUGAAUCUCCAUACAUUGAAGCGACAGACUUGUUUCAACUGUGGAAUUCCUGGACACAUUGCUCGAAAUUGUGUUCAUCGCCCAAACGUGCAGCAAAAGGUUAAUACUCGUUCUUGUGCUGAUGUUUGUGAGCCGGUUCACAACACACAGAAGGAGCCAAAACGAGUAGAUCAAAAUCAGGGAUAUAAGAAGUCUGCUCAUCAAGGACAAUCACGAUCUCAUAAGGCUCGUGACAAGGUGAUCGAAAGCUCCAAUAAGGAAGGAAAGACGAAGAAUGGUGCUCAGAGCAACAAGACUUCUGCAAACAACAAAUACAAGCACCCAAAUUCGUCUUCGUCUAAGAGAAAUAUGCAGGCACAUCAAGCGCAAAAAGGACCGGUUUGUCCUUCAGGACCUGCUAGAGCAAAUCAAGCUGCUCAAAAUGUCUUUCCGAUGAAAAGACAAACUUGCUACAAUUGUGGCAUUGCGGGUCAUAUUGCAAGAAAUUGCCUCUAA